GUGUGCUGGGAUACAUGACCAUUCCUUCCUGUUUCCUGAAAUUGGGUUGGUGGAAAGAAAGCACCAGUAAUUAGUGCAGUCUGUGUAAUUAGUGCAGGGCUGUGCAGAGGAAGAGCACUUAAACUGGCAACCAGAAGCAUGUUACAUCUUACUGUGUGAGAGGAACCGCCAAGGAUUGCCACCACGAGUCACAGAGGAAUGUUAUUGAGGUUUUCCGAAUCCUCGAAGUGUGAUGCACCAUAUGGUAGCAAAUCAGCAUGUCAACGCUGCUGGAGAUAAAGAGCAGUGUGCUGAGGCAAGUACAGAGCCGGCAGUCCCUCCUCAGGAAAGCACAGACACCCUCAAGCACAGAGACCAGGAGCAGCACCAGAGACAUCACCAGCGCUGAUGGUGGUGACAGAGGGAACGGGGAGUUUUUUGAACGGAUGAAAAGCAUUCUUCAAAAACAAGAAAACUUGCAGCGCUCUGCCCACAGCGAGGACCCCAUGGAGAGCAGGGCUCCACCUCCCCCCGAGACCCCAGGACAGAGCCGAGCUGCAGAGAGACCCGGCUUAACAAGGAGAGAGCUGGACCUGCUGUAUGAAGAGGCUCUCUACACCACUGUGAACCGGGCCGGUGUGACCUCAGGGGAGUAUGUCACCAACGAGGGAGAGCUCUUCAGAUACCUGCAGGAGGUGUUCAAAGUAGGAUCAGAUGAACAUGACGUCAUUCUACAGAGAGUCAGGGAGGCAAAGCGCGCGAGUUAUGCUUUAAAAGUCUCUGUCAUGGAAGGGAAAAAUCUCCUGGCUAAAGAUGCCAAUGGGUACAGUGAUCCAUACUGCAUGCUGGGGAUUCUUUUGGGACAAAGCCCCAAAGAAACAGAGGAGAAGAAGGAGAGGAAAUUCAGCUUCCGGAAGAAAAAGGACAAGUUUGAGAAGCGAUCCAGUGUGCGGGAAGUCCUGCCUGCCAGGUAUAUCCAGGUCACAGAGGUGAAGCCGGAGACCCUGAACCCUGUGUGGAACGAGCACUUUGUCUUCGAAAUAGAUGACGUGUACAGCGAUCAGCUCCACUUGGACAUAUGGGAUCACGAUGAUGAUGUUUCUGUGUCUGAGGCCUGCAAGAAGCUUAAUGAAAUCAGUGGCUUCAAAGGCAUGGGCAGGUAUUUCAAACAGAUCGCCAAGUCAGUGAGAGCCAACGGGACAGCAGGUGCUGCGGUGGAGGAGAAUGUGGAUGAUUUCCUGGGCUGUCUGAACAUCUCCAUUCACGAGAUUCCUGUGGCCGGGGUGGACAAAUGGUUUAAACUGGAGCCUCGAUCCAGCACGUCCAGUGUGCAAGGAGAGUGCCGUCUCAUCCUCAAACUGACCACAACCCAGAGAGACACUGUUUUAAGCAAGAAGGAUUCGUACAUUCCCGUUCAUGAGAUGCUCCUGCACCAGAUCCUGGAAUAUGAGCACGCGCAGUUUGGGACGGAGCCCUACAGCUGGAGCGGAGACCUCAGCAAGCCAGCCUGGACCGUGCUGUCCCACCAUGCAGUGCAGACAGACCUGUCCCCUCUACAGCAGGCCAUCAUCCGGUGGCAGUCCUACAGCAAGCACCACCAGGUUCAGAGCAUGGACUAUAGCUUUCUGCUGGAGCUACUGCGGUCCAUUGAAGACAAGUGGGACCCUGCAGCACUCCACAGAGAGCUGGAGCAGAGUCUGGCAGAGAGCUUCAGCGUCUUCACAGAGUACUGCCUGGUACUGCUGAAGAGGAUGAGAGAGGUGUUCCCUGUCACCAGCACCAGCGCCAUCACACGCUUCGACUUCCUCCUGAGAUGCCUUGGUCAGAUUCACAGCAUGCAGGCUUUCAAGAGGGUGUGCCCGUUCCGUAAUGAGCUUCAUGUGGAGAUCACCGCUGUGGUGAAGAGAAGCACGCUGGAAUGGUACGAAGCGACAGUUUCCAGUUUCAAACCGGAAGACUGUUCUCUAGAAGCUCAGUUGAGAAUCCUGGUGCAGGUGGUUGAUGCCGUCCAUGUGGAUGUACAUAGAAGUCAGAAUGUGUACAACAAGCUGUUUAUCAGCACUGUGAAGGUAGAUUACUACAGUAUCACUUAUCGGCAGCUGGAGAAACUGGUUGCUGAUGAUGUCAGCGCUGCCAUGGAGAGGGUUUGUGGAACUCUGGAUCAGGAAGGAACCAAGAUGACACAGAGUAUGGGGGAGACCUUGUUUGAGCUCUACAUUACUCUGAAAGCUUUGAAACAGUAUCGAGAAUUCCUACCUCUAAAGGACGCCAAAGCACUGGCUCUGUGUGGGUUCCACGAGUGGUUCAAAACCUCCAUUCACAAGUGGCUGCAGAUCGUGCACAACAAGUCCUGCGACAGAAUCAGGAAGGCGGUGGAGGUGGACAAGCUGGAGCACGUGGACGCCCUGUCGAAGCACAGCAGCUCUGCCGUGGACGUGACCACCUGCUUCAAUCAGGUCAAGGAGUUCUGGGUGCAGCUAGCCUGGCCUGACUCUGCAGGGGCCUUUAUUUUUGUAGCACGGCUUACAGAUGACGUGUGCAGCGCGGCGGUUUGUUAUUCUGAACUGAUCAAACGCAAAAUUGAGAAAAGUCAGCAUGGUCAAGAGAACAAACACCUAACAAACCAGCUCUGCAUUGCUCUGAACAACAUCGAGCAUGUGCGCAAGUUCCUCGGGAAUCUGCCCCGGGAUUUGAACUGGAAGUCCCUGGAAGUUGCCAUGCAGGAGUCCUGUGGGCCAGGGGGGAAGGAGCAGGUUCAGAAAGCCCUGAACGCUCAGCUGCUCAACGUUGACCUGGACCUGCAGCGUGAGGUGAAGCGCAUGAUAGCACACCUGACAGACAAGAUGGUUUACGAUUUAAAGAAAUACAUCCAGCACAUCAGCCUGUCGCCAGACUCCAUACACAACGAUGAUGCUGUGUCUCCGUUAAUGAAGUACCUGGAUGAUACCUUAGUAAUACUGAGCGAGUCCUUGGUUAAAGCGAAUCUCGACAGGGUGUUGCAGGGGCUGUGGACCCUGCUGCUGAAGCUCAUCCUGGAUACUGUGGCUGAGAACAGAGGCGUGUCUGUCGAGUUCUACGGAAGGUUCUAUUACACUGCAAAGGUCCUGGUUGAGUUUUUCCAUGCAGAAGGGGCUGGUCUUGCAGUGGAGGACCUGAGGAACGAGGAUUAUAAGGCACUAGAGGAAGAACUGAGGCUAAACAAGUGCUCCUCCAAUGAGCUCAUCGAGCAGUAUUACCUGGAGAAGAUAGGGCAACAGAAAACUUUAAAACAAACUAAGUUUGGAAGAAUAAGCGUUAAGUGUUACUAUGAAGCCUCGGAACAGAAGCUCUACGUUGAAAUCCUGCACGCAGCAGAUCUCAUUGCUUUAGACACCAACGGUUUAAGCGACCCUUUCGUUAUCAUCGAGCUGUGUCCUCAACACUGGUUUCCCACGGCAAAGAGUCAGCGAACUCAAGUGAAAAACAAAACCCUCCACCCAGUCUUCGAUGAGCUUUUCCAGUUCCAGGUAACUCCGGCGCAGUACAAGAAGAGGUUCGCCUGCAUCGUCUUCACUGUGAUGGAUUACGACUGGCUCUCCACCAAUGACUUUGCAGGGGAGGCCAUCUGCCGGCUGAGCGACUUCUGUGGGCCGGACAAGCCCAGCGUGCCUGGGGGAGUGAAAAACGUCCAGCCUUUGAUUCUGCACCUGGCGAGACCCAAACCCAGCGAGAAACCCAUUCUGAAGAUGCUGGAAGCAAGGACCUCAGACAGAGAAGCCCAGGAGUUUGUGAAAAAGCUGAAAGAGAUCGAGAAGUCUAUGGGGGAAGGGGACUAGCCGAGCCGAGCUGUGUGGCAUUCAUGUGGUAACACAAGCAAAGUGAAGAGCACAAUACAUUCCCUCUCAUUCCCAGGUUUACCUGGUUUAUCAUCAGGGCGUCUGCCCUGCACCCCAUCUGAACUUCCAUCUGCAAAGCACAGGGCUGAAUUAUCAUCACGAACCGCCACAGAGAAACAUAGGAACAGCACUCUGAAACUGGGAGGAACUGCGAUGUGCUUUGUGCAUGAAAGGCACAGUUCUGUGUAAAUAACAGUUUAUUUUAAAAAAUACGUAUUCCGUAACCUUAAAGAGGAUUCGCUUCAGUUGAUGUUUUAUGUGCACAGGCAUUUUGCUUUAUCUGUUAUGGUACGAUGUUCUGAUCGUCUCCCACCACUAUAUAAUAAGAGUGAAACUUUGAAAUGGUGUUCUGUAUUGUGGUCUUAUACAGCAGUACUAAGCGCUGUGCACAUUGAUGUUUGAUAUUUUGUCUUGAUAAGUCAGGAUUUGUAUGUUUUUGUAAUUGUUGACUCUGCAGGGUCGUUUUGUUUAAAAUACCACUUUUGUGUGUCUUUGCCCAAGA